CCCUCCGGCCUGCUGGCUGUGUGGCCCUGGGCGGGGCCGCCUGGGGUUUUUAAAGAGCGAACCCACCUGGGCUGGGCCAUCCACAGCCCUGCAGCCCCAGGUGAGCGCUCAGCCCUGCCCUGCAAGCGCUGACAUGGACCGAGGGACCUGGGCCCUUCUCCUGGGACUGGCAGGCCUGCCUGCCUCGGAUGCCAACGACCUGCUGGAUGAAGACAAUCCCUUUUACUAUGACUGGGAGAGCCUGCAGCUGGGUGGCAUGAUCUUCGCGGGGCUCCUGUGCAUCGUUGGAAUCGCCAUGGCCCUGAGUGGCAAAUGCAAACGCAAGCGCGGCCCAGACCACAGCCCCUUGCCUGAGAAAGCCAGGCCUCUCAUCACUCCAGGCUCUGCCACCAGCCGCUGAGCACAGGACUGGAUCGGGCGUCAGAUGACUGCACCUCCCCCUCCAAGCCCCGCCCCAUGCCUUGCCCUGCUCUCUCCCAGUGCUGUCCAAACUUUAUUUAUACAUUAAAUUCAUCUCACCCAUC